ACUGUCAGCCAAGCUGUUCGAAUUUCGAAGUACUGUUUACCAUAUUUCUUUCUUCUCCAAGGCGUAAACCCUCUCGCAAGUGUCACUUUUAGUGCGUGUUUUUGUGUUUUCAUUGGAGGAAGAAGAGAGAAAGGAAGGCCCGGCCACAAUUGAGGCCUGCCGUGUAUUCAACAUAACGCCCAAAGAAAAGGAUAAAGUAAACAGAUUGAAUGUGGCAGUUUUGGAGGAGGCACAAGAAGAAAGUGUAUGUUACACUUGGAGUUUUAGGAAGUGGGUACUUCUUGUACAAACUCUAUGAUACUCACAGGCGUAGGCUAUCUGAUCUUGAGAAACAACUCGUCAAUGAAAGGGGACAUACUGAACUUAUUAAAGCCCAAAUGCAAGCGCAUUUUGAGAGCAUUCAGGGAAUAGCUGAUUCAACGACAUGUCCUCAUGUAAUGCACCACUUAGAUGGUCAAUUGGCUGAGAAUUUGGACCUUACACACUUAACAGAGAGAUUAAUUCAAGGAAAGGGUCAGCCAAACACUCUAACUACCGCAGAGAAACUUGAGUUAUGGGACAGACUCAAAAUUCUUAGUUUUAUGAAAAUGGUGUUAUCUCUUUGGGCAAUGACAAUGCUGAACCUCUAUGUUAGAGUUCAAGUAAACAUAUUAGGGAGACAUCUAUAUAUCAACACAGCACGUGAUCUUGGAAGUCCUCAUCUGCUUGAUGAAGCUGACCUAAUUGACAGAAAUGAUGAGCAGCAGUUUCUGGCAUAUGCAGAUCAUCUUUCAAACUUUGGCCUGCCUGCCUUGAUCUCUGAUAUAGAGGCGGCAACAUCUGAAGUCCUUAAAGGAAAGCAAUUGAAGGAUUUCUUCAAUGCUCCCACACUUCAUGAAACCAUUGUUCAAAUAUUGGACACUUUUAUGAGCAUGGGGAGCCCUCAUCACUGGGUAGGCUAUUUGAUGCCAGAAGAUUCGAGAGCACAUAACCUUGUUUCACCCUCCAGCAGCAGCAGUUAUUCAGAUCUUUCUUGUGCAACAAAACUCGAUCAACUUAUGAGCGAGACACGUGCAGUGUUAUUGAGUGUUGAAUUCGGGAAUGUUAUUGAAACGUCAUUAAAAACACUGGUGAAAGAACUUUUGGAAGAUAUUAGUUCCCAAUGUGGAGAAAGCAUUUUAUUGUCCGGAAUGCCACUUGCUAAACUCCUUCCACGAAUCGCGCAGAUUGGUCAGCAGUUACUGAAAGAACCCUAUAGGAGUAGGUAUGUCCAAAAUAUCUGUAGCAUACCAGAUGUUGAACAAUUCUUCACUCUUUUAUAUUCGAGCACACCUGUUUCUUAGCGUAGGAUCAUUAUUGUAGUUUGAAGUUCACAUAUGUAAAGGAUUUUAUGGGUUUCCAUGAAGUUUGAAGAAUAUAAGGACUAUAAGAAAAUCGUUGAUCCUUGUUGUAAUUUUUUCACAUCCUGAUAUAAUUGUAUUGCUGAUUUCAACCCAGUUUCAUUGUUUUAGUUGCUAUAAUAAAUCAAAGAUGUUCUUGGAGCGUU